CCGCAAUCCCACACCCGGCCAAAGCACCCGGACCGCACCCACGCUCCUUCUCGACCACGACACACUCUUGCCCUCACCCACAAGGCACCGGCAAGAAACAAUGUCUAGUCGACAGUUGAAGAAGCUGCAGAAGCAAAAGGAGCUCCUCAAGCUGCAGGAGCUCGCAGGCAACGACGACGAAUCGUCAGAGGAGGAGGUCGCACCACCCAGACCUCGCACCAGCGCCUUUGCCGGGUUUGCAGCACUAGGAGGUGACGAUGAUGACUCCGACGACAAGUCGGACCAGGACGAGGCGGCGAAGGAACAGGAGGUAGUCGAGCAAGAGGACGAGGACGAGGAACCUGUAAAGCCGGCGCCAGCGAAGAAGAAUAAAAAGCCCAAGAAGAAGAAAAAGGCCAAGAAGGCCGAGAAUGCGCCACCAGAGGACAAGGUAGACAAACAAAAGGGCGGGUUGGACGAGAUCGACCUGGCCCUCAAGGAGCUGAGCCUGAAACCACAACCGCGAGAUGCAUCGGGCCGGGAGACGCACGAGCACUAUGAUGUCAACCUGGCGCGUCUCCUGAGCAUAAGUUUCGACCACCUGAAGGUCAUCAAUGAGCUCAGGGCGAUGUUCGGCCAGGACACCAUCGACUCGGUGCGCAGCCAAGAGGAGACGCAGGCCCGGGACGACCGGCGGAGGAACCAGCGGCGGGGCCACAUCGACGUCAACAUGGAGAUGUACCUCAAGGGCAAGCCCGGCGAGAAGAUACCAGACGUUGUGCUGAGGAAAAACCCCUUCAUGCAGGGCAAGGACUUCUGGCCCCGCGCGUCUGCCGGCGGCCUGAAGAUGGAGGCUGUUACUGACGAGAGGGUGGAGCCGACCGAGUACAGGUUCACGCAUGACCGGAGCUACGGGUUGCUGGAAAUGCAGUUCUACAGCCUGGUGGACAUGAUGGACCCGAUGCGGAUUGUGCACUUUGUGCACGACAACCCAUACCACGUCAACUCGCUGGUGACAACCAACAAGGUGGCGAUCAGGGACUCCAACGCAGCCCUCGCGGCGGAUCUUUUGGAGCGGGCUUUGUUCACUUUCGGGCGGGUCACGCUGUCCUCGUUCAGGAAGAAGCUGGAGAGGGGCGUGGCGCGACUCGACUUCAAGCGGCCGGAGAACAGGCAGUUCUGGCUGGCAGGGUACCAUUACAUCAAGAGCCUCAUGCAGAAGGGAACCUACAACACCGCACUGGAGUGGACGAAACUGUUCCUCAGUCUCUCGCCAAACGACGAAUACGGCAUACUGAACUUCACCCACGUCCUCGCGAUCUACGCGUACGAGUCCGAAUGGUUCAUCGAGCUCUGCAAUUCCUCCUACUUCAACAGCGACGAGUACGACCUGCCGAUGAAGGAGUACUACAGGCAGAGCGUCGUGCUGGCGAAACUACUGCUAAAUGACCGUGAUGGCGCGCUGAAGGAUCUCAUCCACGGCAUGGAGACACUGCCAUGGCUCUACUCGUCGCUGUGCAGCGCGGUGAACAUCGACACGCCCAAGGCGGUCUGGGGGGUGCAGCCGCGAAACGACGACGACGCCCUAUACACGGAGCUGUACAUCCACAUGGCCAAGGACCUCUGGAAGAAGGAGAGCGGUGCGAUCCCCCUGCUCAAGGAGGCGGGCGGGCUGGCGAGAAAGGCUGACGUCAAGUCGCUGCCGCUGGCGCGCGAGGUGCCGCUGAGCAUCGGGCGCUUCAUCUACCUGGAUAACACCCCGGAGCUGAUGGGCCUGGUUCCUACCGACAUGCUCCACGCGUCGCCGAACUUUGACUACGACCCACUGCCGCCCGCGAGGGAGGAGAACAUCUUCUCCAACGAGUGGCAGGAAUACCCAUGGAGCAGGUCGGAGCAGCCAGAGGGUGUCUACACACAUCCGGGCGGGAUAGAGAACCUGCUGCGGGAGGCGCAGAGGGCGCUCCAGCAGCAGCGGGAAGCGCAGGGCCUGCCGGACAACGCAGAUGAGCUGGGUGCCGACCUGGAUGGCGACGCCGCCGAGGUCCUCGGGUCCGAGGAGCAAGGGCUGCUGGGCAGGAUAGCCAACAUGCUCCUGCCGGUGUGGAUGGCGCGGGGCGGGCAGGGUGCAGUGGACGACGAGGCGAUCGACGACAUGGUCAGGGAGCUGGCGGGCGGGGGCGCCAACCCGUGGGCGGAUGGGUCGGAGGAUGGCGAUGAGGAUGAUGAGGAUGAUAUGCCCGACCUGAUCCCUGGGGCGUUCCCUGAGGACUCACCCGAGCUCCGCCCCAGCCGCGGCCGAGGGGACGAGGAUGACGGGGACGAUGAUGACCUGCCGCCUCUGGAGCCGGCGGGGCGGGGCCACGGUUGAGGCUGUGGGGCUAAUCAAAGUAAACGACGGAAGAUUCCACGACUUCGAAAUGACCACAAGUGGAAUAGUCUGUGUGGGAUACACGUGUGUUUCAUCCAUACCGCCGAAGGAUUGCAUGCCUUGCGGAGUACGGAGUACACCACAUGCGCAACAUCCUGCAUGCAUGCAUGGGGAUCGAGCUGCUGUCACCUCGGCCGCCUCUGGCAGUUCUGGGCAGUGGGCACACACACACAUAGGCCUCGAACCAAGACAAAGACUCGGAAGCCGGCAGGGCUAGUAAGGAUUCGUCAUGCAAGGCACGAACGAGCGUUGUGGGACGGGGGACAGACAGAAACAAAACGAUGCGGUAUUACGUGCUGAGCAUAUUGUGCACACAGCAUGCACCCAGCCGCAUAUAUAGAGGAUAAAAUACCCAGUUGUGAAUACUUGCUCAUCAAGCGAGAUUGCCUCCCGCACACAAGAGUCUCCAGAAACACCCACCAGAGGCGAGGCUGAAAGGGACUUGCAAGUUAUCAGACAAUACUGUCCAGCCGGAAAGAAUGAAGAUAAAAUAAAAUAAAUGACUGACUGACUGACUAACCCUGGCAUAGUUUCGAG